AUGGGCGCAAUUCACAGCCCUGGUGGCCUUCUCGCAAACCACGGCUCAGGAUCUUCUGGGCCCCCAAUGCCUCUUGGUGCUCCGUCAGGACCUGGCGCCAACUUUGGCGGUCCCCUCCAGCCCGAUAACAACAGACCUCCGCAGCACGGCGGACCGAGCAACCCGAAUGCCCAGCACCAGAUGUUCGCGCCGAUCCCGCACACGACCGUCCCUCCCAGCAGUUCCCUCGGUGCUGCCAGCGGUGGGCCUCCUGUAUUCGGAGGCCCCUUGCAGCAGCGCGAUGCCCAACAACCGAUGCAACAAGGAUUAUACGGUGGCGGUGGUGCGAACAGCGGCAGCGCUGCCACUGGUGCUGCUGGUGGCCAGGUUCAAACGCAACAGCAAGGGCAGGGCGGCAUUGCCCAUGGCCAACAGCCUAUUUUGAAUUGUGGGCUGCUGUGCUGGUACGGCCCAGGUCGCCUAGGCAGGAUGCAGCGCCGCGCCGCCCCGCGCGCAUAUUACAUCCUCUUCAAUCCCUCCAUGUCCAUUCGCGCCCCUUCUUCAUCAUUUCUCAUCUCACCCACUGCCCCCAAACAAUGCGAAUUCCAUCAAACUGCUCGUAACCAGGUCAAGGUACAAUUCCACGACCAACCCGAUGUGUACAAUCGCUUCCUCGAUAUCAUGAAGGACUUCAAAAGCCAAGCGAUCGAUACUCCCGGGGUUAUCAACCGCGUCUCGGAGCUUUUCGCUGGUCACCCCAAUCUGAUCCAAGGCUUCAACACCUUCUUGCCCCCGGGAUACCGAAUUGAAUGCGGAGCUGGUAAUGAUCCGAACACCAUCAGGGUCACAACGCCGAUGGGCACAACCGUUCAAUCCAUUGCGGGUCGAGGCACGCAAGUUGAGGGUCACGCGCAUCCCAGCGGUGCCUCGCAGCCGCUUUUCCCUCAGCGCGGAAACAACUGGCCCCAGCAGCCGCCGCCGCCGCCGCCCCAGCAGCCUCAACAUAGCAUCGAAAGCCCCGAAGCCAACUUCAGCACGCCCGUGCAAAACGGUCCUGGGUCUUUUGGCCCUGCUGCCCAGAAUCUAGCGGCGGCUUUCGAGGCACAAGGCGUGGCUCAACAGCGUGGUCCUCCUUUGCAGGGUGCUGCUCACGCGAAUAACGCACAGCAGCCGCCUCGCAACGCGCCCACCCCUCCGGUUGGGGGACCCGCUAACAUAAAUGGUACUACCAACCAACAGCAACAGGCAAAUUUGGAACGCCGCGGACCGGUUGAGUUCAACCAUGCUAUCAGCUACGUGAAUAAAAUCAAGAACCGCUUUCAGGAUAAGCCUGAGAUUUACAAACAAUUCCUUGAAAUUCUCCAGACUUAUCAGCGCGAACAAAAACCCAUACAGGACGUUUACGCUCAAGUUACGACACUGUUUCAUACCGCACCUGAUUUGCUUGAAGACUUCAAGCAGUUCUUGCCCGAGUCUGCUGGACAGGGGAAGGGAACACCCGGACGACCCAGUGACGAACUCCCUCCCGGCCCUGGUCCGAACCAGACCCCUCAGCCCAGUAUGAGCGGUCAGAAGAUGCCCCCCCUGGGCAGCUUCGCGCCUCCUAGUGCUUCGAAAGAGAACAACAAGAAGCGGCCUCGGACAGACAAGCAAACACCCGUUCCUGCCCCAGCCGUCGUCGAGACCGCGCCCCCGGCUAACAGAGCUGCUCCGGGCGCCCCUUCCACUACCGGCGUGAACAACAAGCGGGCGAAGCUGGCGCACAACAAGACACUUUCUUCCGAUGCUCCUGCGGUUGAGCCAACUUUGACACCAAUCCUGCCGGAGCCCUUGGGACCUCCAGCCUCGUCCACCACAAACUCGGACGAGAUUGCCUUUUUCGAAAAGGUCAAGAAGUACCUCAGCAACAAGACUGCCUUCAACGAGUUUCUCAAGGUCUGCAAUCUUUUUAGUCAGUCAAUCAUCGACCGGAACACGGUGUUCCACAAGGGUAGCGUUUUCUUCGCCGCCAAUCCUGAACUUCUGGGCUUCUGGAAGGCGUUCCUCAAAUACGAACCACACGAGGAUGUCGUCGAUAAUCGACCUGCUCCGCCUAGCGGUAAAGUGUCAUUGAGCAAUUGCCGAGGCUACGGUCCUAGUUAUCGUUUGCUUCCCAAGAGGGAGCGUCUCAAGCCUUGCAGUGGUCGUGACGAACUGUGCAACUCGGUCUUGAAUGAUGACUGGGCCUCCCAUCCAACUUGGGCCUCUGAAGAUUCAGGCUUCGUCGCCCAUCGCAAGAACGGAUUCGAGGAAGGGUUGCACCGCAUUGAGGAAGAACGCCACGAUUAUGACUUCAACAUCGAGGCGAACCUCAAGUGCAUCCAGCUCUUGGAGCCUGUGGCUCAACAAAUCAGCGUGAUGUCGCCACUGGAGAGGGAGCACUUCCAAAUGCCACAAGCUCUAGCUGGGCACAGCACAUCCGUUUUUAAGCGCGUUUGCAAGAAGAUCUACGGUGACAAGGGCCCUGAAGUCGUCAACGACUUGUUUUCGAACCCGCUCAACGUCGUUCCAAUCGUUUUGACCCGCAUGAAGCAGAAGGACGAAGAGUGGCGCUUUUCCCAGCGUGAGUGGGAGAAGGUUUGGCACGCUCAGGUCGAGCACAUGCAUCUCAAGAGUCUUGAUCACAUGGGCAUUCUUGUCAAGCAAAACGACAAGAGGAAUCUAUCGGCCAAGCAUCUCGUCGACGUUAUCAAGACAAAGGCUGAGGAACAGAGGCGCCAGCGUAGCUUGAAGGGCAAGGCCCCGCGUCAUCAGUUGGUAUGGGACUUCUCCGACAAGAAAGUAGUCGUCGAACUGCUUCGUCUGAUGAUGCUCUACACCGUCAGCAGCGGUCAGCACAGCGUCCCAGAGAAGGAACGCAUUUCCGACUUCUUCGAGACCUUCAUUCCUGCGUUCUUCGAUAUUCCCGAGGAAGAGAUCGAUGGGCGGUUACCCAGGCUUCAGGAUGUGUCGGAAGAGGAUGACGCCGAAGAGACCGUCCCCGCCGAGCUUACCAAUGGCCGCAGUCGCCGUGCCGGCAGAAGGGGCGAUCUGCUUCGUGGUGUGCUUGACCCCGGUCGCAAUGGUUCCAAGCCCCGAGCGCAAAAAGAGGGAAGCGCAGCAUCUGGCAGCAAAGAGACAACGCCUGAAGUGGGCUCGGCCAACGAAGAGGAGAUGCCCGAUGCCCCCGAAGAUGGCGCUGGUCCCGAAGUGUCGAACGAACGCUGGAUGCCGAUCGUCCCGCAACCCAUUGUCACGACGGGAGACGAUGCACUUCUGACUGCUGAUGGCGAGCUGAAGGCGGACGGGUUCUUCUCUCGGCCUUGGUACAACUUUUUCUGCAACCAGACCAUUUUUGUCUUUUUCAACGUAUUCCAGACGGUUUACACACGUCUCAGAGACGUCAAGGAGAGCAAGGAAAGCGUCCUCGAAGAGAUCAACCGCGUCAACCGACCACGCCCGGCAAAGGAUAUCGGCUUGGCUGACAACACUCUGAGCUACUUCGGCCCGAACGACGACCCCUCGACCUUCUGGCCCAAGACCCUUGAACUGGUCGAGGAAUACAUCACUGGUGAUAUCGAUGAGGUCCGGUAUCAGGAUGUUCUGCGCCACUACUAUCUGAAGAGUGGUUGGAAGUUGUACACCAUCCAGGACCUUCUCAAGACGCUUUGCCGCCUCGCCCUCACCUGCAGCAGCACUGACGCGAAAGAGAAGACUCCCGAUCUCAUUCAGCAGUAUCUACACAGCCGUGAGAAGGAAGAGACAAACUACCAGGCCGAGAUUGCCGCUCGGAAGUAUGCGGAGAAGUGUGUUAAGGACGGGGAGAUGUUUGUCAUCUGUUGGUUCCCGCAGAAGUCGGAGGCUUCAGUCCGCUGGCUGCAACGCGAAGACACUACGUUCUACAUGGACGAGAUGAAGGCCAAGGACCGUUGGCAAUACUACAUCUCAUCGUUCAUCCAAGUAGAGCCAACAGAAGGUGUGCCUCGUCACAAGCUUCAGAAAACGGUUCUGGCGCGCAACCUCCCUUCUAGCGACGAAAAGUUUGAAGACAGUCAGAUCCCCAAACCCGUCUCUUUUGAUGAAGAUCUUUCCAUCAGCAUUUGCCUGAACUCUAGCAAGAUGGUAUGGAAGGCCGGCACGUCCGAGUACUUUGUAUACGACAACGUUCCCAAAGACAAGGAGGGCCGCGAGCGACACCUCGAGAGGCUCAAGAAUGCAAGCAACAAGCGCGAUACCAAGCUCCGCGAGAAGUUUGUCUUCAACAGCCCUUGGAUGAAGGGCAUGAGCCAGUCUGAUGUCCAGAAGUCUAACGAGGGCUGGUCAAAAUGGCUGAAGGAGGGCACAGUGCCCUCUUCUGACGCCGGAGACGCAAUGGACACCGCAGAGUAA